AUGGUGGCUUACGAUGAAGUGGGAACCUUGGUGCCUAUCAAACGGACUCUGCAAGUGAUAGACUACCAGAACCAAGUCCACAAGGAGUUAGAGGAACCCAGCAACAAGCGUGUCCGUUCUCUCGGCAGGGUGACGUCGUUAGCCAACCUCAUCUCUCCGGUGAAGAAUGGGGCCGUCCGGCGCUUCGGCCAAACCAUCCAGGCCUCCUUCCGGAGUGAUGGCAAGACGCCGGCCGUGCCCCAGAAGCCUUGCAGCAAGGCGGCGGCCCCUACGCCGCCGAAAAGGAGAAACAGCACAUUGUGGUCGGAGACUCUUGAUGUGCACCAGAAGGAAACCUUAACCACCAAAGAGAUUAAGCGGCAGGAGGCCAUAUUUGAGCUGUCUCGUGGAGAACAGGACCUGAUUGAGGACCUCCAACUUGCACGCAAGGCAUAUCAUGACCCAAUGCUGAAGCUCUCGAUAAUGUCUGAAGAGGAGCUCUCGCAUAUUUUCGGCAACCUGGACGCCUACAUCCCUCUGCACGAGGACUUGCUGGCCCAGCUCUCCAAAGCGACAGGUUCUAACGGAACCGUGGGUCAGAUCGGUCAGAUUGUCGUCAACUGGCUACCCAGGCUGGAUGCCUACAAGGAGUACUGCAGCAACCAGCUGGCCGCCAAGGCCCUGCUGGACCAGAAGAAGCAAGACCGGCGGGUACAGGACUUCCUGCAACGCUGCCUUGAAUCGCCCUUCAGCCGGAAGCUGGACCUCUGGAGCUUCCUGGACAUCCCUCGCUCUCGUCUAGUCAAGUACCCUCUGCUUCUCAGAGAAAUCUUAAGACACACUCCACCCGAGCAUCCGGACGCCACCAGCUUGGAACAAGCUGUCACCAUCAUCCAAGGGGUGCUGUCUGAUAUCAACAUGAAGAAGGGCGAAUCAGAGUGCUUGUACUACAUCGAUAAGCUGGAGUAUCUGGAUGACCGGCAGAGAGAUCCCCGCCUCGAACAGUGCAAAAGCCUGCUGUGUCACGGCGAGCUUCGCAACAAGAGCGGCACGAAGCUGCACGUGUUCCUUUUCACCGAGCUGCUGAUCUUGACCCGCUCGGUUACCCGAAACGAACGCCAGUGUUUCCAAGUGUACCGGCAGCCCAUUCCUGUGCGAGAUCUGGUGUUGGACGACCUACAAGACGGUGACGUCAGGAUGGGCGGGUCGUUCAGAGGUGCCUUUAGUAACGCAGAUAAAGCCAAGAACAUUUUCCGCGUACGCGCCCAAGAUCCCAGCCAGGCGCAGUCCCACACGCUCCAGGUCAACGACGUCUUCCACAAACAGCAGUGGCUCAACUGCCUGCGCAGCGCCAUUUCCGUCCAGCGGCCACACGGCGAGCCAGCUUCACUGCCGCCGACAGACGUUCGCUCCAAGCGCCGCCCGUCUUCAGUCUCCGCCAUCGUCCACAUGGAGGAGACGGACGAAAACUGCCCACAGCGCGCCACCCAGUCCGCCCCCGCCUCGCCUUGCGGCACUGCCUCCCCAUCCCCUUCCGACUCGCCGACAUCCUCCACAUCAUCGUCCCCCGUCCCCCUACCGGUGUCCCACAAGACCAAAAAGGACAAGAAGUCCCUUUAUUCAUUAGGGAAGAGAAAAGAGACCAUGGUGUAA